AUGGUUACUAAUGGGGGUGAUCCAUUGAGGUUUUCAACUGGAGAUGGGAUUGAUAUUUUAGCUUCUAAGGAAAAGUUUAUAAAUUAUAGAUUCAAAGCUGUUAGAUCACCGUCAGUGCCUAAUUUCCAUGAAGGCAAUUAUAAAAAUUUGAAUUCGAGUGAACCUAUUUUGGCAAGUCCAAUAGCAGCUCAACCUAAUUAUGAAAGUGAUAGAGAUACAGAAAAUUUAGUCUUAAAUUCUGAGCAUGAUGGUACCAAUAGUUUAAUUGAUCUUUAUAGAGAUGAAAUUGUUCAUGAAAAUAAAGAUAGUAAUGAUAGUGAAGAGGGUGAAAUAUUUACAAGGAAAGAGGAAGAAAUUGAAAACAGUAGUGAAGUUGAGCAGGCUUUCAGCGGAUCUCCUUCAAAAUUAGUAAGUGUAAUGGAUAAUGCAGAACAUUUUGAUAGAUACGGUUUUAGGAAACAAAAUAAUUUUAUUACUGAAGGCGUUUAUAAUAAAUGGUGGGAGGGAUACUCUCAAUACUGUAUAAGAAGAAAACAUAAAUGGGUUAUGCUACUAGAGAAAAGUGGGUUAUCUGUAGAUAAUGAUAUGCCUACUAGGUUUCCACCAAGAAGUGAAAAAUUGAAAAGAUACGUAAGAAAAGGUAUUCCAGCAGAAUGGAGAGGAAAUGCUUGGUGGUAUUUUGUCAGAGGUCAGGAGAAAUUAAACAAAAAUAAAGAUGUUUAUGAAAAGUUAUUGGUUAAGAUGGGCGAUUUAAAUGAUGAACAACAAAGAAAGAAAUUAAUUGAUCUUGAUGUAAUCGAACGUGAUUUGAAUAGAACCUUUCCUGAUAACAUCCAUUUUCAAAAAGAACAAUUUCAAAAUAAAGAACCACCUAUGAUCCAAUCUUUGCGUCGAGUCUUAGUGGCUUUCUCUUUAUACAAUCCCAAAAUUGGCUAUUGCCAAUCAAUGAACUUUUUGGCCGGUUUAUUGUUAUUGUUUAUGGAUGAAGAGAGAGCAUUUUGGAUGCUAGUUAUCAUCACCUCUCGAUACUUACCUGGUGUUCAUAAUGUUAAUUUGGAAGGUGUUAAUAUAGACCAAGGUGUUCUUAUGUUAUGCAUAAAGGAGUACCUACCAGAAAUAUGGGAAUAUAUUUACCCCAAACAAAAGUUAGAAAAUCAACAUAAACAUGACUCUUUGAACAUUUCUACGGAAGUAUUAAAAAACGAAUUCCUGUUUAAGUUGCCUCCAUUGACCCUUUGCACUGCAAGUUGGUUUAUGAGUUGUUUCAUUGGAAUUAUACCAAUAGAAACAACUUUAAGAAUUUGGGAUUGUCUAUUUUAUGAGGAAUCUCACUUUCUGUUUAAAGCAUCUUUGGCGAUAUUUAAAUUGUGUGAACAAGAUAUUAUCAAAGAUAAACCACUUCAUAAAACCCUAGGUCAAUACACUUUACCUAAUAGCAAUAGAACAUCUAGAUAUUCUAGGUUGUCGCAAGAUGACUACGAUAUGGAAAUCUUCCAAAUCAUUCAAUCAUUUCCAAAAAGAAUCAUAGAUCCAAAUGAUAUCUUCGAAAAGAUUAUCUUUAAAAAACGUAUUGCUUUGAAUAGACUUGAUCAACAAGAGAUAGAUCGUUGUAGAAAAUAUGUGUCUAAUCAAAGGCUAAAGUAUAAAAAUUAUAAAGAUCUCAUAGGAGACCAAGAAUCACUAAAAAAAACCACAAAUCGUAUGAAUAACAAUAUUAAUAUUAUUAACAAUAAUAAUAUCACUCGUGAGAGUAAUAAUAACAACAAUAGUAACAAUAAUAACAAUAAUACAUCCUCUGCUGCAGAAUCCCUAAUGAAAGAGAUUAAUAUGACAAAUGAUCUCAUGAACGAUACAUUAUCCUCGGAAGUUUAUGGAUUUAAAAAGGGCCUGUCUAGUGUUCAUUGGAACAAUAGUAUAAAAGAAAGGGUCAAGCAGAUGAGAAGGAAAAGGGAAAAGGACUAUCAAACAUAA